AAAAUAGAAAAAAAUGGUCCAAUCCUUUUUAAGUCGGUCAGAGUCCACCUGAUACAACAACAAGAGUUGUUGUUUUGCAUUCUGUUCAACCUGCCGUCUGAUUUCUCCUAUCAUUCAGAUGAAAGAUGGCAAGCUACAAUGGAAGCAUAAGCUCAUACCUUCUCAUAUCUUUACUGGUUGCUUCUUGGAGAAUCUACGAUGGUGGGAAAAUUCUGGUAUUUCCCUUAGAAGGUAGCCACUGGGUGAACAUGGACAUUCUGAUCAAGGCUCUUCACUCUCAGGGACACACCAUCACAGUAGUACGGACAACUCAAAGUUGGUAUAUUAAAGAAGAGUCUCUACAUUACAGUUCUAUUACAAUACCUGUCAUUGAUGGUGUGGAAUUUGAGGAAUUUGUAAAGCCAAUCGUAAAGAAAGUAAUUGAUAUAGAGAGAGGAACAAGCUCUGUAUUAAACUUUAUACAUUUGCAAAUCGAGAUGUUCUCUGCAAUGUCUAAGGUUCAUGGACUGGAAUGUGACAUGGCAACUGCUGUAUUGGAAGACAAGGAUUUAAUGAAGACCCUGGAGGAGAACCAGUAUGACCUGGUGCUUACUGACCCAGCAUGGGGGACCGGUAUUUUGGUGGCUCAUUAUCUUCAGCUACCUCUAGUCUACAAUGUACGGUGGAUAACCAGUGGAGAGGGACAUUUAGCCAUUGCGCCAUCCCCCAUGUCUUAUAUUCCAAUGACUGGAUCAGGGCUCUCACACAAAAUGACCUUCACAGAGAGAGUAAAGAAUAUGAUUUUCUAUUUGCUUUGGGAACUUCAGUACAGACUUGUAAUCCAGCCACAUUACCAGGCUGUUUGUGAUGAGUUUUUCCAACCAGGUGUGGACUUCUAUGAGUUAUUACAGGGGGCUGAUCUAUGGCUCAUGAGAGUUGACUUUGUGUUUGAGUUCCCUCGUCCCACCAUGCCUAAUGUUAUCUAUAUGGCAGGGUUCCAAUGUAAACCUGCAAAGCCUCUUCCCCAAGAACUAGAGGAGUUUGUUCAGAGUUCUGGGAAUUAUGGAGUCAUUAUCAUGUCUUUGGGGACUUUUGUGUCUGAGUUUCCACAUGAUAUAGCUGAUGUGAUAGCUGCUGCUUUUGCCCAACUGCCUCAGAAGGUAAUCUGGAGACACAAAGGAGACAGGCCAGCUACUCUGGGCAACAAUACCUUACUAGUUCAAUGGAUGCCGCAAAAUGAUCUGUUAGGACAUCCAAUGACGAGGCUGUUUGUAGCUCAUGGAGGAACAAAUGGGGUUCAAGAGGCUAUUUACCAUGGAAUUCCUGUUGUGGGUCUACCUCUGUUUUUUGAUCAAUAUGACAACCUCCUUCGUCUGAAAAAAAGAGGAGGAGCGAAGCUUUUAUCCAUGGCAACAGUAGACAAGAACAAUAACUUUCUGGAGGCCUUGCAGGAAGUUCUGGAUGAGCCAUCCUACAGGACGAACAUGCAGAGACUCUCCAGGCUACACAGGGACGUGCCAAUGGAGCCCCUGGACACUGCCCUCUUCUGGAUUGAGUUUGUCAUGAGACACAAAGGUGCUGCUCACCUGCGUACAGAGUCCUACAGAAUGCCUUGGUACUCCUACCACUCUGUAGAUGUUGUCCUGAUAUUGUUGACUGUUGUAGUAGUGCUUAUUCUUCUUCUUGUUGCAAUAGUCAGAUAUUUAAGCGUUAGAAGUUGCUUGAAAAGAAAGAUUAAAAGUGAAUGAACGGAUCCAAUUCUCCACAUUCUGGUACACAAAAAUAAUAGGAUAAGUAUGAAUCAAAGCUGUAAUAUGUAGCUUUUAGGGUGAACCAACAAAAUUCACAUAGAUAUGUGUGUUAUAGAUCUGUCAUUCUCGUUGAAAGCAAGUCUAAGAUGCCGUAGAUAUAUUCUAUGUGCACUAUUUC